AUGAAGGAAGCACUUGUCAAUAAGGAUGUCUCCGUCGAGAUCGUCGACUCUCCCAUUCCCAAGCCAGGACCCGGCCAACUCCUCAUCAAGGUGGUUGUCGCAGGCACAAACCCUAAAGACUGGAAGCUCCCAGUUUACAUGGGCAAAGAUGGCAACACAGGCGACGACAUAGCUGGCACAGUCGAAGCCAUGGGCGAAAACGUAGUUGGCUUUCACAAAGGUGACCGUGUGGCUGCCUUCCACGAGAUGACCACUCCCCACGGCGCCUUUGCAGAGUACGCCAUCGCUCACUACUACACCACCUUCCACAUCCCCGAGUCUGUCUCUUUUGAGGAGGCUGCUACCAUUCCUCUUGCCGCGUAUACUUCUGUAUGUGCCUUGUUCCAGGAGCUCCAGAUUCCGGAACCUUGGUCACCACUUGCCAAGACCGAGGAGAAGAGGCCUUUGCUUGUAUAUGGUGCUAGUACUGCCACCGGUGCUUUUGCCAUCAAACUUGCUGCGGCCGCAAAUGUGCAUCCUAUCAUUGCUGUUGGAAGUCAAAGAAGUGAAUUCGUCAAGCCUUUCCUCGAUGAGAAGAAGGGUGAUGUGCUGGUAGACUACACCGUUCACGACACAGAGGAUAAGCUUGUCGCUGCUAUCCAAGAAGCGAUCAAGAAGAGCGGCGCACGCUGCUUUAAGGCCUUCGACAGUGUCUCCGAAGACUCCACCAUUCGAACUGUAACAAAAGCUAUUGCCGGACCACCCGAUGCUUCCGGACGCAAACCCCGCAUGACAAACAUCCUCAUGAAAGAGAACGUCGAAGGCGCCGACCCUAGCGUCGAAAUCGUCUGGUCCAUGGUCGGACAAGUGCACAAGGACGAUGAGAAGGAUAAGAUGCUAGGACUUACAUGGGCCGCUGCCUUUUCACGCGGACUGCGCGAGGGUUGGUUCACACCCCAUCCUUAUAUUGUUGGUAAGAAGGGACUAGAGGGUCUUGAGGAGGGCUUGAAAGGUUUGAGGGAUGGAAGUAUCAAGGCGCAGAAGUUUUUGACUAUUGUUGGUGAGACGCCUGGUGCCAAUGCUCAGAAUGGACCUAUCUAG